GCAAAAACCGAAACGGACAAGCUCACUCUUUCGGUUUUCUUUGUGGAGCAUAUUGAACGAUGAGCUCGAAUCGCAGCAAUAAGAAUAAUAGCAAUACUACUACUAGUAGUAGCAUUAGCAGUAGUAGUAGCAGUAGUAUUACUAGUAGUAAUGGCAAUAGCAAGGCCGUCGCCGCAGUGCCUGAGGAGAUUGCCGAGCAGGUGGACGCGUUCACGGCCGCAGUCGACAACCUCGAGGCGAUGCUCAACCCUUUGCUCAAGGCGCCCGCUGCAGAUCUCCGUGCAAAGCUCGCAGACAAGCCUCUCGAACUGGCGCGGCUCGAACUUGCGCUCGCAUUCACUGCCAACAGCAUGUUCUGGAUGUAUCUCAAUGCUCAAGGCACAGCUCCCGAAGACCACCCCGUCAAGAACGAGCUUGCACGGAUAAAGCACUACAUGACCAAGGUCAAGACAGCCACGGAGAAGACUAUUGCUCAUCCGCGCUUGGACAAGGCCGUGACAGACCGUAUCAUUGCUCACAACAUUUCCAGCCCCGCGCUCAGCGAGAAAAUCAAGCGAAAAUCCAAGCAGCAGUGAACGCUUGUGUUACUUUUUGAUUUGUUGCUUCACAAAAACAAAGAGCACCCUCUUUUUGCCUUCA